AUGCUUAAAUCAAUCCCUUAUAUAGUAGGCACUUUAAUUUUACUGGUAUCUAUUGUUAGAUCGAAUUUGAAUAGUACAUUGGUGGAUCUUGCCAGUGAAUCCUUACUGUGGGCACCAUAUCGUUCACAAUGCUAUUUUGGUAUCAGACCUCGUUAUAUAAACGAUACUCCUUUUAUUAUGGGUCUUAUGUGGUUUGAUAUAAAUAGAGUAGAUGCAAUGCCUAAUUUAAGACACCAGGUUGAUAUGAAUGAUAAGUUAGAAAAGUUUAGCUGGAUAGUCUAUGAUCCAAGAAUUGGUGGGACUGAAUCCAUUAUUGAUUACGAAAAUAAUGUAAAUUUGACGGUUAACUUUGUAAAAAGUCACGAUGGAAAGAACUGGGUAACAAGAAUCUCUGGGCAGUCACUUGAUCCUGAAAAGAAUAGUGCUAUUUCUAUUAUUACAUAUAUGAAUCAGAAUGUUGGUAGUGGUAACACAGGAUCUGCUAAACCAUAUUUAAAAUUGAUUGAUGUUUCAAAGGAUAAAAAUUUGGUAUUUGAAGGAUAUUCUUCUGAAUUAAGCAAAUAUUCAGUUACUUUUAGAGAUAAUUAUGGUAAUUAUUUUAGAAAUAAUAGUCUCUCAAAUAUGGAAAUCUUGCCCGGAUCUGACUGCACUAAAACAAGUCAUGUUUCACUGACAGUCCCUGAUGCAGAAGUAUGGAAAGCAAAGGAUAUCUUUCAAACACUGUUGUCUGACUCUAUCAAGAAUAUCAUUGAAAUAAAAGGUGAAAAUAUAGAUACAGCAUAUGCACCAAGUAUGUUAACUUUAAGAAAUAUCUACAAUUUCCCACCUGGGAAUUUCCAUUUUAUACAAAAAACUUUUGCCUGUGAUUUUAAUAAUAGUUUUCAAUUUGAUAUAGUAUACAACAAUAUGAAGGAUAAGAAAGAAAAUAUUUUAAAUAGAAAAGAUGUAACUAGAUUGAUUAAUGUUGCUAUUGAUGAUAUUAAUGCUAAAUUUGAUCAACAGUUUGCAAUUGGAGAGAGUGAAGGAGAAGAAAAGAGGUCGUUUGCCUUAGAAAUAUUAUCAAAUCUUUUAGGUGGUAUUGGAUAUUUUCACGGUAACCAACUCAUUGAUAGAACAACCAAAUUUAAUGAAGAUCAAUUUGAUCAGAUUAAAUUAGUUAAUGGACAAGAAGAAGGACCUUUUGAUUUAUUUACUAGUGUUCCAAGCCGUGCAUUUUUUCCCCGUGGAUUUUAUUGGGAUGAAGGUUUUCAUUUGUUACAAAUUAUGGAAUAUGAUUUUGACUUGGCAUUUGAAAUAAUAAUUAGUUGGAUUAAUAUGAUUGAUGAGGAUGGUUGGAUUGCAAGAGAGGUUAUCCUAGGCCUAGAGGCUAGAAGUAGAGUGCCUGCUGAGUUUCAGGUGCAAAGCCCACACAUUGCAAAUCCACCGACUUUAUUAUUAGCACUAAGUGAAAUGAUAUCAAAAGUCCUUGCUAAUCAAGAUGGAUUGAAUUCAAAUAUAAAUAAGGAUAUAGAUCGUUUUUUGGUGAAUAGAGAUAGAGAACAAUUGAAGUAUUCAUUGGAUUUGAUUACUAAGUAUGUAUCAGAUAUUUACCCCAAGUUGAAAAAACAUUUCGAAUGGUUUAGGAGGACACAAAGGGGAUUAAUUGAGGAAUAUUGUGAGUUAUUAGAAGAAGACCCGGUGUGGGAUAAAUUACAUAAGGAUGACUUUUAUAAAUGGGUUGGUCGUACCGUUAAACAUUGUCUACCAAGUGGGUUAGAUGAUUAUCCAAGAGCGCAACCACCAGACAUUGCUGAAUUGAAUGUUGAUACACUUACUUGGGUUGGAGUCAUGGCAAGAUCUAUGAAAUUAAUUGCUAAAGUUUUAAACAAGAAAAAAGAUGAAAUGGCUUUCGCUAGGAUAGAGCAGAAUGUCAUGGAAAAUUUAGAAAAUCUACAUUGGAGUGAAGAUUAUGGUUGUUACUGUGAUAUUUCUAUACAAGAAAAUGAAGAGGCAGAUGAAGAAGAAAUAGUUCAUAUAUGUCAUGAAGGUUAUGUUUCACUAUUACCAUUUGGCCUUAAGAUGAUUCCUCGUGACUCAUCCCAUUUAGAUAAAGUGGUGAGAUUGAUGGCAGAUAAGGAUAAAUUGUUUUCUCCAUAUGGUUUAUUAUCAUUAUCUAAGAGUGAUGAGUAUUUUGGUACAGAUGAGAAUUAUUGGCGUGGUAAAAUCUGGCUGAAUAUCAAUUAUCUAUGUUUAGAUGCCAUCAAUCAUUAUUUCCCAGGAAUUUCUUCAAAGACCUCGGAAAUGGACAGCACCUUUGCACUUGCUAAACAAUUAUUUACAGAUUUAAGGCAUAAUCUCAUAGAUAAUGUCUAUAAAGUUUGGAGGAAUACUGGAUUUGUUUUUGAAAAUUAUAGUCCGCUUGAUGGGGCAGGAGCUGGUGCUAAACAAUUCACUGGGUGGACCAGUUUAAUAGUAAACAUCCUUGGAUUUUAG